AGAAAAACCAGGAAGUGAAGUCCCCGAGCACGCUAGAAAGCCCGGCCAUGGCGUGGCUCAGCACAGCUCAGAGCAGGGCAGAACAGGGGACGCUCUGAGCCGGGCCCUCUGCCUGCAUGGAUGCUCCGAAGCCUGUCCCUGGAGGACCUGGGGGUGAGGAGAGAGGGAUAGGGACUCGUGUGCCAGGAGGAACCCGGAGGUAGGAAGCCUCAUUUGUUGGAAGCACCAAGGGAUUCGCCCUCCACAGGGUCUGAAUUUCCUGCUGCUAGUCACAAAGAUGCUUUUCAUCUUUAACUUCUUGUUUUCCCCACUUCCGACCCCGGCACUGAUCUGCAUCCUGACGUUUGGAGCCGCCAUGUUCCUGUGGCUGAUCAACAGACCCCAGCCAGUCUUGCCUCUUGUUGACCUGGACAAUCAGUCAGUAGGAAUUGAGGGAGGAGCUCGAAAGGGUGCUAUCCAGAGGGGCAACGACCUCAUGCUUUACUACUUCUCAGAAGCCAAGACAGUGUAUGGGAUUUUCCAGAGAGGCCUUGCUGUGUCCGACAAUGGUCCCUGCUUGGGAUAUAGAAAACCAAACCAGCCCUACAGAUGGCUGUCCUACAAACAGGUAUCAGAUCGAGCAGAGUACCUGGGCUCCUGUCUCUUACAUAAAGGACACAAACCAUCACCAGACCAAUUUAUUGGCAUCUUUGCUCAGAAUAGGCCAGAGUGGGUCAUCUCCGAGUUGGCUUGUUACACAUACUCCAUGGUAGCAGUCCCUCUGUAUGACACCUUGGGAGCAGAUGCCAUCAUAUACAUUGUCAAUCAGGCUGAUAUCACCACUGUGAUCUGUGAUACACCCCAAAAGGCAUCAGUCCUGAUAGGAAACGUGGAGAAGGGCCUCACCACAGGCCUGAAGACAAUCAUUCUCAUGGACCCCUUUGAGGAUGACCUGAAACAAAGAGGGGAGAAAUGUGGAGUUGAGAUCUUAUCUCUGUUUGAUGCUGAGAAUUUAGGCAAAGAGAACUUCAGAAAACCUUUGCCUCCUAACCCAGAAGAUCUGUGCAUCAUCUGUUAUACCAGUGGAACUACAGGUAACCCUAAAGGAGCUAUGCUAACCCAUCAAAAUGUUGUUUCGAAUGCUGCUGCUUUUCUCAAAUGUGUAGAGCAUACUUUUCAGCCCACCCCCAACGACGUGACAAUAUCCUACCUCCCCUUGGCUCAUAUGUUUGAGAGGGUUGUACAGUCUGUCAUUUAUUCCUGUGGAUCCAGAGUUGGGUUCUUCCAAGGGGAUAUCCGGCUGCUGCCUGAUGACAUGAAAACUCUAAAGCCCACGGUGUUCCCCACGGUGCCCCGACUCCUUAACAGGAUCUACGAUAAGGUACAAAAUGAAGCCAACACACCCUUGAAGAAGUUCUUGCUAAACGUGGCCACUACCAGUAAAUUCAAUGAAGUCAAAAAGGGAAUUAUCAGACGGGACAGCCUGUGGGACAAGCUCAUCUUUGCCAAGAUCCAGGACAGCCUAGGCGGGAAAGUUCGCUUCGUGGUCACUGGAGCUGCCCCCAUCUCCACUCCAGUCCUGACGUUCCUCCGGGCGGCAAUGGGAUGUCCGGUAUUUGAGGCUUAUGGUCAAACAGAAUGCACAGCUGGCUGUACGAUUACAUCUUCUGGGGACUGGACAUCAGGCCAUGUAGGAGUCCCUGUAGCUUGCAAUCAUGUGAAAUUAGAAGAUGUGGCUGAAAUGAACUACUUCGCAGCGAACAACGAAGGAGAGAUCUGCAUCAAGGGUCACAAUGUGUUCCAAGGAUACCUGAAGGACCCCGAGAAAACACGGGAAGUCCUAGACAGCAAUGGCUGGCUUCACACUGGAGACAUUGGGCGCUGGCUCCCGAACGGAACUCUGAAGAUCAUUGACCGUAAAAAGAACAUUUUCAAGCUGGCCCAAGGAGAAUACAUUGCUCCCGAGAAGAUAGAAAACAUCUAUAUCAGGAGUAGAUUGGUGUCACAAAUCUUUGUACAUGGGGACAGCUUACGGUCAACCUUAGUGGGAGUGGUGGUUCCUGACCCAGACAUGCUCCCCCCAUUUGCAGCCAAGCUUGGAGUUAAGGGCUCCCUUGAAGAACUGUGCCAAAACCAAGCUAUAAAAGAAGCCAUUUUAGAAGACCUGCAGAAAACUGGGAAAGAAAGUGGUCUUAAAUCGUUUGAACAGGUCAAAACGAUCUUUCUUCAUCCAGAGCCAUUUUCCAUUGAAAACGGGCUCUUGACACCAACACUGAAAGCAAAGCGUGGAGAGCUUUCCAAAUACUUUCGGAAGCAAAUCGACAGCCUGUAUGAGACUAUCCAGGAGUAGGUUAAGGUACAUACAGUUGGAAGGGGCUUGAUGCUGCCUGCCCACCCACUUGGUGCUGCCUUGUGAGAACAUGGAUUAAAAACUAUUCUUACAUUCAUUUUGUCUUCCCUCCUAUUGUUCUAGCUAUUAUAAAAAUAGAGCUUUUGUUAAAAUUAUAUGACAGAAUUACAAUACAGAAACAGCCCUGAAAUAAUUCAAUCCUGUCCUUCUCAUCUUAAAUGCUGUUAAUAUUUUAAAAAUUGUUUUAGGGCGAUUUUUAUCAACAUGUCUUCUUUCAAGUUCCCAGCUUGUGUUUGGUGAUCUUCAACAUUAAUGAUGUCCUUUUCCUUUUUUUCCUUGAGAUUUAUUUUACUUGAAUGUCACACUUACCUACUAUGCCAUGAUGCUGGCCCAAAUACUGUUUUUUUAAGUUACCCCCAGUUUCAGGGCCUAAGGGACUCUUUGUGACUCUUUCCAUGUUGUUUUAUAGCAAACCUAAAUUGCUACCAGUCCCAGCACUUAUGUAGGUAUUCUACAUAAGAGAUCUGUGCGUCCUGAAAAGCUGUUUCAAAUUCUUAUUGUCUAGCUACUCCACAAAACCAGCAUUUUCAGUGAGUUUUAACCUAUCAUAUUACUGUGAGGUGAAUUCCUUGUGUGUUCACUAAAGUCUGUACAAAAGGGAAAAGUGUGAUCAUCCUGAACAUUUCCUCAAUUCUCUAGCUAGACCUCUGACUUGGGAAUAUAAAAAAUGGGGCCUAUGAGAAGUUAUCCAAAAAGAACGAUGUUCUUACAUUGUCAGCCACAGUAGCAGCUGGUGACAAAAUCUGUUCCCUACAGUUUGCUGCUGAGCUGGAAGUGGUGGGGGAAGCAGUUGAAACUUAUGUCCAGUGAACUUUUCCAGAAAAUGAAGCAAACACUGAAUACAAACCUACUGCACUGGGAAAAAAGAUCUGUGGGUAAACCUGAUACCCACAUAACAGGCUUAUCUUCUGUGAAGGAACCAACCGAUCUUUGCCCCUGGACUCCAGUUCCUACUGUACCUUACCCCCAGAUAAUAAGUGCUUCUUCUACUUGUCAAGUCUGCACAAUAAACUACUGCAGAUACUA